CGCACGGCAUCUCUCUACGCACGGCACUUCUCUUCUAUCGCCCUUUUACUGCAAUAUAACCAUGUGUCGUUUCCAUUAAAUGUCAUAUUCACCAUCAGUUUUAUGACGAAUAAGCUUACGUUGAGACAUUGCUCAAACAGUUCAACUGCAUUGCUCUGUAGGCUGUCAUUCCGUCCCACUUUAUACCCCAUCCCUUUUUGACGGACACAUUCUCCUCCAUCCUCUUAGUUGCAUGAAAAAAGUGGGCAGUUCAAGAUUUUAUAUUUGCCCUCACUGUCUCAAACUCCCUCUUUUCUCCCUGUUCUUUGCAGCCGGUCGGACGCACGCGUCCCAUACCUGCAUAGAGCUCCCUGCAUUCUUGAGGACCGUCCCGUAUCGAACGUCGCAAUAUCCCGCGCGCACUGCACCAAGAGGGAGACGAUACCGAAAAUAAUUCACUUCACUUCAACCAAAAUUAUUAUAAAGUCCAGUACUUCACAACCAUUAAUCGAAAUGUUUGUCAAAAGAAUGCGACCAGUAAGGUUCCUUCUCCUUCUGUGCGCAGUUUGCCAUCUGACCCAGGCUUUCCCCGCCCAAACAGGAUAUUCAGAAGAUGACAACCGACAACUCCAGGUCACCAUCUCCAAGGCAACCCCGAUCUCCACUGCACAGCUAGGAGGCUCCAUCACAAUCCCCUGUAUGGUGUCCCUGUCGCCUCGGCCCCCCUCGUCCUCCUCACCCCCCAUCCCGCCCCGGGUUAAGUGGAGCGUGUUGCAUGAUGGGGAGCAGGAGGAGACAGAGAUCCUGGUGGCGCGGGGUCAAAGGGUGAAGGUCAACGAGGCCUACAGAGAACGAGCUUCCCUGGUCAACUUUGCAGACUCGCCCGAGGACCUCUCCCUCUGGCUGGGGGAGCUGCGCUCAACAGACACAGGGCACUACCGUUGCGAGGUGCAGCAGGGCCUGGAUGACGCCAGCGACUUCACACAGAUCAAGGUCAAAGGUGUGGUCUUCCACUACAGACAUUCCUCUGGUCGCUAUGCAUUUUCAUUCAGUGAGGCCCAGGGGGUGUGCGAGAGCAUUGGGGCACACAUCGCCACUCCCGACCAGCUUCUGGCAGCCUAUUACGAUGGCUAUGAGCAGUGUGAUGCCGGCUGGCUCGCUGACCAAUCUGUCAGAUAUCCAAUCCAAGUUCCACGGGAAGGUUGCUAUGGUGACAUGGAUGGCCGCCCGGGAGUGAGGAACUAUGGGACGCUGGAACCAGAGGAGCUGUUUGAUGUGUAUUGUUAUGUGGAGCAUAUUGAUGGGGAGGUGUUCCAUGGCUCUGCCCCUAAGCAGCUGUCAUUGAAUGAGGCUUGGGCAUACUGUGAGAAGGAAGGGGCAGAGCUGGCUACCACAGGGCAGCUGUAUAUGGCGUGGAGUGAGGGUCUGGACCGCUGCAACCCUGGCUGGCUGGCUGAUGGCAGUGUGCGCUACCCCGUCAUCACCCCUAGAGCGCGCUGUGGAGGGCCUCAGGCAGGGGUCAAGACCCUGUAUCGCUACAGCAACCAGACAGGAUUCCCUGAAUCAUCCAGCCGCCAUGAUGUUUACUGUUUCAGAGGUAAUGGGAAUCCUCACACUGAGGCCCCCAUGGACUACAUGGCCACUGAGCCAGAGGACAUCAGACAAGAUAUUGUUGUUCUUAUGAAGCCUGCCGAGGAGCUCCAUCUGAGUCUGGAUCCAGAGCAAGUGGAGCGAGAGGCCCAGAGUGUCCUGCAAUCCCUCCCCGUCUUCCAGUCAGCUUCUGCUCGGGAGGACCUGCAAGGAUCUCCCCCUACUUCCAUGUCAAGCACAGAGAUUCCACUCACCCGUACAGCUUCCACCCAGGACCUCCUCCAGCCUUUUGAUGAGACUUCACUUCCUGUAGAAGAACACUACCACUCCCAGCAUCCGACUUCACUUCCCAGCACCUCCAGUGAGCCAGACUCCCUUGACAAAGAAAACUAUCACUCCCAGCAUCCUACUUCAUUACCCAACACCUCCAGUGAGCCAGACUCCCUUCUCAAAGGAGACUAUCCCUCCCAGCAUUCUACUUCACUAGCCAGCACCUCCAGUGAGCCAGACUCCCUCCUCAAAGGAGACUAUCCCUCCCAGCAUUCUACUUCACUACCCAGCACGUCAAGUGAGCCAGACUCCCUUCACAAAGGAGACUAUCACUCCCAGCAUUCUACUUCACUUCCCAGCACGUCAAGUGAGCCAGACUCCCUUCACGAAGGAGACUAUACCUCCCAGCAUUCUACUUCACUAGCCAGCACCUCCAGUGAGCCAGACUCUCUCCACGAAGGAGACUAUCACUUCCAGAAUUCUAGUUCUCUACCUAGCACCUCCAGUGAGCCAGACUCCCUCCUCAAAGGAGAUUAUCCCUCCCAGCAUCCUACUUCACUUCCCAGCACCUCCAGUGUGCCAGACUCCCUCCACGAAGGAGACUAUCCCUCCCAGCAUCCUACUUCAUUACCCAGCACCUCCAGUGUGCCAGACUCACUUCAUGAAAGAGACUAUCACUCCCAGAAUUCUAGUUCUCUACCCAGCAACUCCAGUGUGCCAGACUCCCUCCACAAAGGAGACUAUCACCCACAGAACUCUAGUUCACUACCCAGCACCUCCAGUGUGCCAGACUCCCUUCAUGAAGGAGACUAUCACACACAGAAUUCUAGCUCACUACCCAGCACCUCCAGUGUGCCAGACACCCUCCACGAAGACGAUUAUCACUCCCGGCAGCCUACUUCACUACCCAGCACCUCCAGCGUGCCAGACUCCCUCCACAAAAGCAACUCCAGUUUCUUCCGGCUCAAACUGGAAACGACCCCAGAAUUCCCAGACCCGUCCUACGAGCCACACAGACAUUACCAGCCGAUGCCAGAGAUGAACCCGGAGGAACCCGACUACCAGCAGUCAGGCUCUUCCAAGCACUUCCAGCCAAUGCCAGAGACCAACCUGGAGUUGGAUCAACUGGAAGCCAACUACAGCACAACAGCAGGUAACCAGAGUCAUCGGGAGAAUGCACAAGAGACUACCAACAUGGCCUUUGACCCCAUAGAGAAUGCUACCGAGGCACGUGACCACACCGCAGAGAGAAGGCACAAAGAGGCGAUCGUGGGAGAACCUGAGGAGACAUCCAUCUCGACCGAAUCCCCGGGAGAGCUUGAUCCCCACCCAGUCUGGUCUACACUCUCCCCCCACGGAAGGGCAACCUCGGUGUGGUUGCCCCUGGAUGGAUCUGGAGAUAUGUCCCAAGAGAUAGACCUAGGUGUCCACCAGGGAAUGCACACAGAGAUAGACCUAGGUGUCCACCAGGGAAUGCACACAGACAGAACCCCCACCUCUGAAUCCUCUGACUUCACCACUCACAUGUCUGCCUCCCCUGGAGCCACCAGCAUCCCCAGUGAGCAGCAGACGGGAGUUCUGCAUUCAAGCAGCAUCUCAUCUGGACUGGAUCAUUCUGAGGAGCUGGGACUGGAUGUGUACUCCACAGUAGCUGUGUACUCCACAGUAACUGUGUACUCCACAGUAGGCCAUCCACCAGGAACCUUCCAGGGAACUUCCUUCGCUAGGCCGGAAGGCAGCACCAGUCUAGAUUUCGAGGGUAUUGUCAAUCCAGAGAGAUUUGAACCUUCAGGAGCAGUGGAGCUGGCACCAGGGGAGUCUGAUGAGGAGCACCUGGGGUCUGGAGAGGGCAUAGCUACGACCGAGUCUCCAGACCUGUCCACCACCUCCCAGCUGCCCGUCGAGUUUACCACUAUGGGCUAUCAAACAACGGCCAUGUCCAGAAUAGAGGUGGAUCUCACAACCACGGACCCUGAAGAAGACGGAAGUGGACAUGAGCCAGGCACUGAUGAACCGUCCCUCGGAGACAAAGUUACAGUCUCCCCCUUUGAGUCGCAAACAACCAGUUGGGAUCUGCACCGUACCACCUCUGCACCCCAAGAGUCUCAGGACGACCUUGAAUACAGCGGGGAAUCCGCUUCCUCCUCUUCCCAGACAGAGCUUCCAGAGUCCUCAGCAGAACCUGAACUGUUUGGGUCAGACUCCUUGUCCACCUCAAGUACAGAUCCCACCGCUGCCACUAUGUCCACAUCCACCAUGUACACAUCCACAGAGUGGGCCACACAGACCUGGAGCCCAAUCACCUCCACUACACAAAGUCCCCCAGAGCCAGAGAGGAUGACUGCUCUUAUGCCCCCUGUGGAUCAUGGCCGGAUGGAUCUGGAAUUCGGCCUCACCCAGCCGCCAACCCUGCUCAUCUUGCCCAAUGAGAGAGCUGCUGUGGGCAGUUCCAGGAAGAUUUCAGAUGCCUGUCUGGAGGACCCCUGUGCCAACGGCGGCACCUGUGUUGAGAUGGGCGGGAGCACCAAAUGCCUCUGUUUGCCCAGCUAUGGAGGUGACCUCUGUCAGAUGGAUCUGGAGCAGUGUGGGGUGGGCUGGCAGAAGUUCCACGGGAACUGCUACAAGCACUUCAACCAGCGGCUGAGCUGGGAGGUGGCGGAGCAGCACUGUCGCAUGGUGGGGGGCCACCUGGUGUCAAUCAUGACCCCUGAGGAGCAGGACUUCAUUAACAAUAACUAUAAGGAGUAUCAGUGGACUGGACUGAACGACAAGACCAUCGAGGGGGAUUUCCGCUGGUCCGAUGGUAACCCUUUGCUCUAUGACAACUGGUACAGGGGCCAGCCUGACAGUUACUUCCUGUCUGGAGAGGACUGUGUGGUGAUGGUGUGGCAUGAUGCCGGGCGCUGGAGUGAUGUGCCCUGCAACUACCACCUGGCCUACACCUGCAAGAAAGACACCUCUUCAUGUGGCCCUCCCCCCAAAGUCCGGAACGCAUCUGUGUUUGGCAGAAUACGCCAGAGGUACGAGACAGACGCCGUUGUGCGCUACUACUGUGCCCAGGGCUUCCAGCAGAGACAAAACCCUCUGGUCAAGUGCCUGCCAGGUGGAAAGUGGGAGGAGCCCCAGAUCCUCUGCAUUCCUGGGGCAGGAAACACAGCACAGGUAGCAGGAGUAACAUCACCAACAACAGAAAACCAGGAGCCGACUGAAGAGGAAUCACAAACAAAGAAAACACCUCAAUACUGGGACAUCAAGUGGAACUUUUAAAUUACAUACCAUGUCCCAUUACACUUCAAGAGUUUCUUUCUUCAUUGACCAGAGAUCUGAAAUGGCUGAACAUGUGAAGGCAAUAUGGUGAUCUUGAAAGGAGACAAGGAAAGAGUAUUGGGACACAGGGUCAGUUUGGCAUUACAUUCCUACUCCUCCUCAAAGCACAUCGAUCUGAAUCUGUAGUUGGGAUAGCCUGGGCUUUAGUGUCUCUUGCAGCCCUACAUAGGAUGCCAUGAAUUGCAAUGUUGUGCUAGAAUGCGGAACACGGGACAUUUUCCGUGAAAAGUCCUUAGGCUUUCCGAAAAUCCUGCCACUGACGCAUAUCUAUUAUCAGUAACUCCUUGUCCAUCCAUCCUGAUUGUACACUAUAUAUAUAUAAAAGUAUAUGGACACUCCUUCAAAUUAGUGCAUUUGGCUAUUUCAGCCACACGCAUUGUUGACAGGUGUAUAAAAUCGGGCACACUGCCAUGCAAUUUCCAUAGACAAACAUUGGCAGUAUAAUGGCCUUAUUGAAGAGCUCAGUGACUUCCAACGUGGCACCGUCACAGGAUACCACCUUUCCAACAAGUCAGUUCGGCAAAUUUCUGCCCUGCUAGAGCUGCCCCGGUCAACUGUUAGUGCUGUUAUUGUGAAGUGGAAACGUCUAGGACCAAAAACGGAUCAGCCACAAAGUGGUAGGCCACACAAGCUCACAGAACGGGACCGCCAAGUGCUGAAGCGCGUACUGCGUAAAAAUCGUCUGUCCUUGGUUGCAACACUCACUACCGAGUUCCAAACUGCCUCUGGAAGCAACAUCAGCACAAUAACUGUUCGUCGGAAGCUUAAUGAAAUGGGUUUCCAUGGCUGAGCAGUAGCACACAAGCCAAAGAUCACCAUGCGCAAUGCCAAACGUCAGCUGGAGUGGUUAAAGCUCGCAGCCAUUGGAGUCUGGAGCAGAGAUGUUCGAUGAGCAGAUGUCCACAUACUCUUGGUCAUGUAGUGUGUAAUGUGUCGCUAUCUGUAAAGAAACUGUCUGAACCUAACUUUUCUCCAAACUGGCACCUAACUCCAACUGUGUUGGACAGUGGUAGGAUACACGGUAGCUCGUCUUGAGAAAAAUUUGGUUCAGAUGGUUUUUAGAACGAUGUCCACACAUUGUACAAUCCAGAAGGACGGACAAGGAGUAAUGGAUUAUAAAUAUGCCUUAAGUAGCAGGAUUUUUGGGAACCGGUAUGCCUAAGAAUUUUUCACCAAAUAUGUCCCGGGCUCCAAAUUAUAUCGAUCUAGGAUGCCAUUGCAUUCAAUGUGCGACGUCAACUGUAGGCCCAGGUCAAAUCAAAAAUCACAUUUAUUUUAUAUAGCCCUUCGUACAUCAGCUAAUAUCUCCAAGUGCUGUACAGAAACACAGCCUAAAACCCCAAACAGCAAGCAAUGCAGGUGUAGAAGCACGGUGGCUAGGAAAAACUCCCUAGAAAGGCCAAAACCUAGGAAGAAACCUAGAGAGGAACCAGGCUAGGGCUUGGUUUUAGUGUUCUGCCACUAGGUUACCAAAAUAGCUUACUGAACAAAUGUCAUGACAUUAACUCUGGAAGAUACAACAUUCAGACAAACAGUAAGAAAUUGCAAAUAUUAACCUAAUCAUAAACACAUGACAAACUACGAGCAUUGAUACUGUAUGUUCCAGGUCUUGGUUGGUUUUAAACAGGCGUCAGCAUGCUAACGGUGUCAAUCAUUGUUUAUUGACUAUUAUUGGCAAAUCAGCUUUAUAAAUCCACCCAUCAUAUUUGAAACAACAGCUGGUCUGUUUGCAAUUCCAUUCAUAUUCCAUCAGCUAGUGAUUACCUGGGGUCUGUUCAGGAGGGGGAAUGUUACAGAACGGUCAGAUAGAAAUGUAUUGUGUAGAACCGAUAUGAUUGUCCAGCCUGGCCUCAGAGCCAUAUUGAAUAUACUUUAUGUAUUUCUGAGCACCUCCAAGACGUAUGAUACCUACUAAUGGUCUAGUUACUUGAGAGAAACUCAAGUAGGGAGGUUGGUCGGGGAGGAUGGGUGGGCGUAAUCCGCGACAAUCUAGCAAUCCAAGGUUGCAUGUGUGAGCCGCAUCAGGGUCACCUGUAACAUUUUAGCUAACCCUUAUUCUAAACUUAUCCCAAUUCACCUAACCUGCUAUGUAAAUUCACCUAACCUUUGUCGUUUUAGUUCUCCUAACCUUUGCCGUUAGUUCCCCUAACCGCCCAUGUAAAUUCUCCCUGUAGUUCUCCUUUGUUGUUACAGCGCAACAAGAAACCUGGCCUCAGAUAAAGACCUGCAAUACUAUACGUCCACCAAGACGUAUGAUAAGUUACAUCACCCAAUUCGUAUGUUUUGUAUGACCGGGAAACACCUAUGGCACUGUACGUCCUCUAAUUCGAAUGAUAUUGUACGACUGCUAUUCCAUUUAGAAUCUAAUGUAACGCAUCAUACUAAAUUGAAUCUUAGACUGUCACAGAUGUACGUACAGAAUAAUAUGAAUUGCCCUGAGACCACAUUGGAUUGUCUGUAGACUUGGGACUUGGGGACGAAUGUAGUUCUAUUAAUAAUAUUUCUACCUGCAAUGUUUUUGAACUUUUUAUCUCACCGAGUACACUCCAGGACGGGUGAGUCAUUAUUGGGAUGUUUGGUUGAGUGUCAGGGAAGACACAGAACAGACUCUGUGGUCCAUAUCCAAACCUGUUCCACGUCACAACCUCUAGGUCCUUUGAGUCCCUUUCAUUGAACUAAAAAUGACUGUAUAGGUGUACACAAUAUUGUUGGAGCUCUGCCAAGCCUACCAGAGGGCUGGGUGUGGCUAUGACCACAUUGCUGAUACCAAUCCAAAUAUUUCAGAUCCACACGAUAACUUGACAAAGUCUUUAGAAUAAGAGCAAUGGUUGGUUUGGAAUUGGAGCAGAAAAAUCCCUGUCCUCCUAGGAACCCAUAUCAACUCUUGAACUCUUGAACUCAGCAUUAUUUCCAUCUCAACUUUCUCACAACCAUAGAUAGGCCUUCUUGGACUUUUAUCAUCAACAGACUAUAUGAAAUAUGGUGCUAACACCCUUGCCUAUGAUACAUGCAUGAAGUACAUUUCAUUUUUGAAAUCAUAAAGAAUCAAAAUGGCACGUUUGUGCAGUAGGAUGUUAGAAAACAAAACGACUCCAAACACAGCACGUUUAUAAAGCCAAUUCCAUUAUCAAACUAAAAUGUACAUUUCACACAGUGGUUUAUUUAUUCACUCUUAACUAUUUUGGGGUGAAAAAGGUUAGAGUGAGUAGCCUGCAAUUGUUUUUACAAGGGUGACAAUGCCUUCACUGUACGUAUCAAUGAUAUUGAUUAGAUUUUGUUUCAAAGUAUUGUUGAAUUACUGUCCACUCUUCCCUGUGAUAGAUGCCCUACAUUUUACUGAUACAGUCCUAUGAAAAGCUUUAUGUUGUAAUAAAGUUUUGUAGAAUAAAGCAAGGAUUUAAUCAGUAUUAACCACAAAGCCAUCUUCAGAAAUAUGUUUUGUUUGUUCUUUAUUUUCCAAUUUUAUAAGUAUCUUUUACAGUAACACUCUUCCUUUAUAAACAAAAUAAAAUGACAUUAGAACGUU